GUUCACAUGAAUUUGUGGGCCUGCUCCUGUACACAUAGGCUACAUUACCACGGCGGAAACAGACCACACAAAUGGUUCAUUAGCAAACACUGACCCUGUGAAAGCCCCUCUACGCCCACUCAAAAGUCACCUUUCUGUCGGGAGAGGACAGCGUAUUUUUCGGUCAGAUGGCGUGCCGCAAUCCGCCCACAGCUUUCUUGCACCCACACAGCCAGCGAAAAAGGCUGUCAUUAACAAUACGCUAUACUGGGGGGAGGACAACUGCCAGCGCGCGCAGGCUGAGGCUAGGCUGGAAGGUUAACAUUUGGCUCUGAGAAAAAUCGUUCGGUUAGUCGUUUGAAAUUUGAUCACAAAAGAUAUUUCUAACGAGGUCAAAAAUGAGCGCAAAGGAAUGAGCUAACUUUUACUCAGAUGGAUAACUGAAAGCAACAUUUUUACCCUUCGCGUCUUCAGAAUGAGAGGGAGCGAAAUAGAUUACUGACUGCACGGAAUUCAAGAAAAACACUGGUGCCAAUUCAGGGGCAUGAACAGUGACAAGAAAAGUCAUUUGGUUUUCAUGUUUCUUGCAGAAUAGUUGUUUGUUGCAGAAAAGUAACCGUUCUCUGUAACCGGCAAAACAAUUCAAGGCUGAACGAAGACAGCUUGAGCCUGAACCACAUUGAACCAUAUUGUGCGCGGUUCUCAAGAUUCUCAGCUACUGGACCUGGACGUGACGUCUGAGUGGCAUCAUGUCAGUGCCGCGGACUCUGGGGGAGCUGCAGCUGUACCGCGUGCUGCAGCGCGCCAACCUGCUUGCAUACUACGAUACCUUCAUCCAGCAGGGCGGCGAUGACGUGCAGCAGCUGUGUGAGGCCGGUGAGGAGGAGUUCCUGGAGAUCAUGGCGCUGGUGGGCAUGGCAACCAAGCCCCUGCAUGUGCGCCGGCUGCAGAAGGCCCUGCGCGACUGGGCGGCCAAUCCGGCACACUUCAACCAGCCGUUGGCGUCCAGCCUGGCUCAUGGUGGAGGGGGGAUCCCACUCUUCAAGAUUGACAGCGCAGGUGCUGGGGGCACGGGCAGCACUGGAGGCAGGAAGUCCAUCAGUAACGGGCAGCCCGGGUCGCCGUGUGAGCGGGAGGAGAGGGGCACAUGCCUCACACCUCUCAGAGACACAGGAAGUCCCAGAAGCCCCUGCUCCCAGGCCUCGCCCCUGCCCUCGGACACCCUCUACAGGGACAAACUCUCUCCCAUGGACCCCCACUGGCUCAACCCCGAGGCGGACGAAGAGCAGCUCAGCCCUCCGCUGCCUACUCUGACCCUUCACCCCAGACCCGCCGGGGGUCCUCCGACCCCGCCUGCCCCUUCCUCCUCCUCCUCUUCCUCCACCUCCUCCACCUCAUCCCCGUGGCCGGGCGGGGUGCUGGAUGCAGAGAUGGCACGGGCGGUGGGCGAGAGCGUGGACAGGCUGCUCAGGACGCUGCCCCGUGCUGACCCUGGGGAGGUGAAGACCUUGCUGAGGCUCAACAAGAAGAUGGCGAAGACCGUGGGCCACAUCUUCAACCCCGACCUGUCAGAGCAGAGCAAAGAGGAGGAGAUACGCAAGUACAGCCUCAUCUAUGGCCGGUUUGACUCCAAGAGGAGAGAGGGCAAACAGCUCACACACCACGAGCCACAUUUCCUGAUGUUUCCCUCCACUCUUGUCCAGAUGAUUAUCAAUGAGGCUGCUGCCCAGUUCUGUAUCCGCGACAACGCGCUGUUGCUACGACGCGUGGAGCUCUUCUCAUUGGCCAGACAGGUGGCGAGGGAAUGUGCCUACACUACUUCACUCAAACACUCCAGGACUAACUCGGACGACGGAGCCGUUCCGCUGCUCAAGAGAAACCGACAGGAGAUGGAGUCAGACGUUUCCCUCAGGGGCAUGGAGGGGCCAGAGGUCACAUCCCAUGGUGCCCUGCGGUCAGCAACGGACGAGGACAGCUUAUCCAGUGAGAGUUUGGACAGUCUGACACAAGGUGCGUGGCACUGGAGUUUCUAGCCGUUUCAUCCUGCGCUUUUACGGAUGCACCUCUGUCUGGUAUACUAGAGUUUGUGCAGAGGGUCAGUGUCAAUGUAACCACAUAUCAUCAUCAAACAUUCUGUGGCUUUUAACUGUAAAGAUCACAUAUCACUUUCAUCACUGACUGUCCUAAAUGCACCACUCUGGUGAAUUCUGAUGCUCUGUUCAAAGCAAGAUGUCUUAGCCAUAAUGUUGCUGGUACCAUGAUAUGACACCAAAAUAUUUCAUGGUUUUUGUAAAAGUUUGGUUAGAAAACUGGACCUUUGUGUUACUUUCUAGACAUUUGUGUAGAAAGAACACAAGUGGGAACUAACACAAGUUAUUAUUCUAGAAAGUAACACAAGUGGAAAGUAACAGACGUUAUUAGUCUAGCUCGGUAAAUAGCAGGUAGCAAGCGUGCUUGUUAAAGCCUCAGUCAGAAGUAACCAUUUCUCAGUGUUGAUCUUAUACACGUUUUGUAAUGUCAAGGGUUAUUAUAGAAAGCCUAGCUCUUCCAAAUGCCUGAUUCAUCUGAUUUGUGUGUUGUAAGGGUUAUUGGAAAAAUAAAAGUACCAAUUUACCUAGUAGAAAGAACAGCAAGGUAUUAUUUUAUUAUAUUAUUAAGCUAAUGUUAAAUAUAUAUACCUACUUACUAUGCUGAUCAUGGACUACAUGCAUUUUAUGUUAUCUAAUUUUUGAUGGGCUGAUCCAAGUGACGAAAUAAUUUGUCAGUCCUCCACCUGUCAAGGAAACUCAGUUGGAUUCAGUUUUCAGUUUUCUAUGUCCUAUACCAGUAUUCGCCUCUCUUUGGAGCCAGCACCUAGGCAGCUCGUUUACAAAUACAUUCAUAUUGCAAGAGACUAAUUGCUGUCAAUAGCAGAGGCUUUCAGAGAAUGUCAUAGGUUUUGCCAUUUCAAGGCUACUUUAGACAUGUUCAGCUAAAUAAUAAAUGAAAGCAUCAUCAGUAAACCUCCAUGAUAUCUUGUCACAUGUCCUUGUAUGAUGAAUGAUAAAGACUCUAGUCUCUGUUAGUAUUCAUGAGAUAGGAACAUGUGAUGACAAAUGUGAUAACAAAAACAAUAUUCAGUAAUCAGUAAUGAGAUGCUUACAACCAUUUUAAUUUCAGCCCAUGUAAUAACAAUUAAGAAUAUUCAAAAGCAGAUCCUAAGCACAAUAUGAAUUUGUGUGUUGAUAGAUGAGAUAUUGCCUCUUUGCCUCUUAUAUGUUUUGUAUGUCUGACUGAGCUCUUCACAGCAAGAUAUUAUGGUUAGUGCUUUGACUCUUUGUUCAGUGAAGAGUUUCUAAUGAAAGCAGCGGGGUUAGCUAAAUGAUAUCUGCUGACGUGUGAGGACUAUAAUUCUUUAAGCAAAAGGAUGGCAGUUUGGAAGAGAAACAUGGGCGGACGUCACGUGUAGGGCUUAAAAAGCCAACUCAAUAUGAUUUGCGUCAGAUUGUUUGUUUAAACUUUGCUUAAGUUUCUAUUGUUAAAACUCAACCAUUUCUAGGCUGUUCGGAUACAGUCUUACACCCCUUACAUACAGAGCUGUCAAUCUGUAAGUGUCUCUGAUUGGCUUGGAAACAUGCCUGUCUAACCCUGUUUGU